CAGGACGGAGCUGUAUGAGGCCCCCCCGCCGGCAUGCUGGCCCAUCGUGUACUCACCAGACUACAACAUCACCUUCAUGGGCCUGGAGAAGCUGCAUCCCUUCGAUGCAGGGAAAUGGGGAAAAGUCAUCAAUUUCUUGAAAGAGGACAGGCUAAUUGCAGAUGACCUGAUUGUAGAGGCACGGGAAGCAAGUGAUGAGGAUCUCCUGGUGGUUCACACACGGCGCUACCUGAACAAAUUAAAGUGGUCAUUUGUUGUGGCUACAAUCACAGAAAUUCCACCAGUUGCCUUUCUUCCCAAUUUUGUUGUGCAGAGAAAGGUGUUAAAACCUCUACGAACCCAGACUGGAGGAACAAUAAUGGCAGGAAAGCUUGCUGUGGAUAGAGGCUGGGCCAUCAAUGUGGGGGGUGGCUUUCAUCACUGUUCCAGUGACAAAGGUGGAGGGUUUUGUGCCUAUGCUGAUAUCACACUGGCUAUUAAGUUCUUAUUUGAAAGAGUACAAGGGGUGUCUAAAGCCACAAUUAUUGAUCUGGAUGCUCAUCAGGGAAAUGGCCAUGAGAGGGACUUUAUGGAUGAUCCUCGGGUCUAUAUUAUGGAUGCAUACAAUAGAUAUAUUUACCCAGGGGAUGGGUUUGCUAAACGUGCCAUAAAACGCAGAGUGGAGUUAGAGUGGGGCACAGAGGACACAGAGUACCUUCAGAAGGUACAUACUCAUGUGGAAGGAGCCCUGAAUGAACUAAAGCCUGACAUCAUUGUUUAUAAUGCUGGGACUGACAUUCUGGAUGGGGAUCCCUUGGGAGGACUUGCCAUUUCCCCUCAGGGAAUUGUGAAGAGAGAUGAGGUGGUGUUCAGGGCUGCCAGAAGCCGCAGGAUCCCCAUCCUGAUGGUGACAUCUGGAGGAUACCAGAAGAGGACAGCACGGAUUAUAGCUGAUUCUAUCCUCAAUUUGCACAGCCUGGGACUCAUUGACAAGGAGCUAGCAGCUGGUGGAGUUGGAAAUCCCAAGGUAGAACAGAUGAUCAGAGACUCUGCUAAGGACUUAAGCAACUUGUCACUGCAAUGA